CCCUAGUCUCUCUUUCGCUCUCUCUCGCCGACAUCGUAGCAAACGCUCAGAGGAGGUUUCUCGUUCAUGGCGUCGAGCGAAGCGGCCGCUUCGGCCAUGGAGAUCGAGAAGGCUGCCGCUUCGGCUCCCGCGGCCGUGCUCCGGCCCCAGUUCGAGGCUCUGAAGCCGCACGACAUGUCCGACGGGAAGGUCCAGUUCCGGAAGGUGGGGGUCCCGACCCACCGCUACGCGCCGCUCAAGCGCUGCUGGAUGGAGAUCUACACCCCUAUCUAUGAGCAGAUGAAGAUCGACAUCAGGAUGAACCUUAAGGCAAGGAAGGUGGAACUUAAAACAAGAGCAGAUACUCCAGAUGUCAGUAACCUGCAAAAAUGUGCCGACUUUGUUCAUGCUUUCAUGCUUGGAUUUGAUGUUGCCGAUGCUCUUGCUCUGCUCCGCCUGGACGAUCUUUACGUGGACUCUUUCGAGAUCAAGGAUGUGAAGACGCUACGGGGAGAACACCUUUCUCGUGCUAUUGGUAGGCUGUCCGGGAAGGGAGGCAAGACCAAGUUUGCUAUUGAAAAUUCUACGAGGACCCGUAUCGUGAUUGCAGAUACCAAGAUCCACAUCCUGGGGUCUUUCUUGAACAUAAAGGUCGCUAGAGAUUCUCUAUGUAGCCUUAUACUGGGGUCACCAGCCGGCAAGGUCUACUCCAAACUUAGAGCAGUCACUGCUAGACUAGCAGAAAAGUACUGAAGAAGAGUACUUGGUUUUGACAUGGUUUAAGGUAGCGCAAUCCGACGUAAACUCCUUACGCAGUUUUGUAUUCUGUUAAAUCUUAUUGGUUUUGAUUGUUAUGAUUGAUAACGUGUUAGAGAUUAAUCUAAAGUGGAACCGAGGUUUCCGAAA